AACUGAGAAGGGAGCACAAACAACAGAAGUAACAACUACUCCAAAAAGGAAGAAGAAGAAUCAAGCAACACCAUCAGGAGGGGGUAGUGGUGGCGGCGGCGAGAAGAAAGGGGCAGAGAAAUCUUCCACUGGUGCCGUUACUCAGGGGGAGGCAUCUCCCCAACCCAGUCUUGGAAGUCGUACCCUUGUUGUGUCUUUAGCUGAAGACCAGAUCGACAAACAAAGCGCAAUAAACUCUAACAUCACCAAACCAAGUAAUCAACCAAGUCUUGAAAAUCUUAGGAAUAUAUCAAACAGUGGUCCAGCAACACCACCAAACAGCCCUGCAACAUUUCAGAACAAGGAAACACCAAUAAACACAUGUAUUGCUGAUCAAAUUCAGGAAAUACCCGCUCAAUCAUAUGAUAAUCUUGUUGAGGACUCUUUAGAUAGUUUUGAUCGUGCAACACCACGGAGGAGGAGCACAAGGUCACCGCUUCGCCGAGAGAAGUCAUUCAAACAACGUAGGCAGGAAGAGAGAAUUAUUCAACGAUCCCGGACUUUGUCCAAUCCGUAUGAGUUGUCAGUGGAAUUAUAUAGUAAGCAGGUGGAGAUGCUAGAGAAGAGUUAUGGUGGAAGAGACAAAGCUCAUAAGGCCGCCCAAGUUAUCCAAAGCGCUUACCGCCAGUAUGGAAUGAACAAACAAUUCCAACGUCUACGAAGAAGCCAAUCUGAGAAUCGCUCUUCACGCUUACUGUCCUCGUUGCGCUCUUCAAAGGGCUGGGAACAAUUUAGUAAUCGUGCUCGUAUUGUUAUGCUAGAAGACCCUGUGAAUAUUAACGAUUUAGGAUUAAAAACGCCGACUCCGGAAUCACUUGAUUUGGAUGUGUUUGAUAGAGAAUACACAGAUCACUCAAAGACAAAUCUAGUUAAGGUGCAAUCAUUGGAUGGGAAAAGUGGAAAUAGCAACAUAAACGUUUCAAAUAAAUCUGAAUUCGAUGGAACAGAUGUUAAAAGAUCAGUGCAGAGGAUGGUUGUUACGGUGAUGAUGAAAAAAGAAACUCGCAAAACAGAGAUAAUUAAAACAGAAACCAUGCAUAAGCGAGCACAAAGCGUUGGCACUUUAGAACAAUUGCCUGUGGAAUAUCCAAGCAGUGCAAAGUUAUCAACAAUACCGCCGAGUAUAGGUGAGGUCGGUAGUAUGGCUUCGAUCUUGCCAACGCCGCAAGAUUCACAAAAAGCCUUUCAUAGUCAUAUACAACGAACAACCGGGCUAGCAGAUUUGUCAAAGGGUGUUGAUAGUACCGACAGUAUGCCAAUGCAAAUGAAAAAUAAGGCCAAGAUGAUGACCCUUGGCAAUGGACAAAAAGCCAGUGUUGGGAAAAUUGGACAUCUGCCAACUAAGGUUAGUUCAUCUAAGCAGCCGGUCUAUGAUCCGCUUACAAGUAGAACCACGCCUACUAAUAAAGACGUUGUUCUAAUGCCAAAAACCAAAAAUUCAAAACUAAGCGACAAAACCACAAGAGCAGAACUUAUAAUCAAGCCGGAGCAGAUGGCUCCAAGUGGGAGUGAGAGCAGUUUAGAUAGCCUGCGCAAACGUGAUUCCUCUUCCUCUGGCGUAUACAGCGAUUACAGUACGACAACAUCUGAAAGUUCUCUUCAAAAAACCGAAAUACAGGAGAGUUCAGAAGUUGUAGAAAUGUCGGCGAAAGAUAAAUUGAAAAUUAAGCACGAGAAAUCUUACAGUUUGCCAGAAAAUAUAAUUUUGGACACAAGCGGAAAUAAAUUAAGUCCAGAAGGAGUAGACCCUAAAAAAUCCAAGAAAAGAAAAGGUUCAAAGAAAAAGGAAAAGAAAACCAAAGAUGAUUUAAAGAAGGGAAAUGUAUCUGCCUUUGAGGAUAUGAGUAUAGAAGGUGAUAAAUUGAAAGGACCAUUUAAGCGAUGGCGUAGUCGAAGUGCUGAAAGACGGCCAAGGAAGCUUGAUAUUGACAAUCAUCAUCGUUGGCAUAUUUCAAGGGAGUCUUCAACGGAUGUAUACUCAAGAGCUUUUAAUUUAGAAUUUGGACUUCAAGGGCGAAAUUAUUCGUCCACUCUGCCAAGAAGAUCUGCAAAUAAGUUAAUCAGGGAACCGUGCUAUAACGAUGAUAUAGCAUACUAUUCAACGAUGCCUGCUAGGUCAGAGAGGACGCGAUCAAAUACCGAGGGCGACUUAGAUUAUGAUCUUGAUGUUACCUUAACGAGGGGGGGUAAGCGGCGCACACACACCAUCGAUUAUGGGGAAUUGGAUAGAAUCUCUUUGGCCUCAACAGCAAGUAGUGACUUUGGCGAUUUUGAGAGAGAUACAUUCCUUCCAACAUCUUCCCCAAAAGCACCCGCAGUUGUCUUGUCAACGUCGGACAAUACAAUGAGUCAUGAUUCAGAUUCAGACUCUGAUAUCUCUGACACGGAGGACCUUUGCCAUGAUGAAACUUUAAAAGCCGAAGAUUGCCCAGAGCUUCAUGUAGAUAUGCGCGAAUUAACCCACCCAAUACACGUGCAGGACUUCCAAAUGUCGCCGUCUCCUGUCUGGAAGCGCAAACAUACAAAACUAGCCAACGGUUCUCUGAAUCUGCACAAAUCAGACACGCGAGAAAGUGUGAGCAGCGAAAGCAGCGGUUCUUCCAAGUUAACAGUUGGUGAUGACUCAAGCGUGACCACAGGCAGCAUAGAUAGCUUACGAGAAAUGCCUGUUAUUGAACCUAUACCACCAUCAAUGGCAAUACCAAACACCCCACCAAGACGUCGCAAAUACAGAAUCGGACUUAAUUUAUUUAACAAAAAACCAGAAAAAGGUAUCAAAUUUUUGAUUGAAAAUAAAUUCUUAGAGAACUCAACACACGAGGUGGCCAAGUUUUUACUAAGCCGUAUUGGAUUGAGUAAACAGAAGAUUGGGGAAUAUUUAGGAGACUUGCAACAGCAAUUUAACAUGAUGGUGCUAGAAUGUUAUGUUGAAGAAAUCAACUUCCAAGGUCUUACAAUUGACAACGCUCUUAGGAAAUUUCAGUCAUACUUUCGAAUGCCAGGAGAGGCUCAGAAAAUUGAGCGCCUUGUGGAGGCUUUUUCACAACGUUACCUCGUGUGUAACCCUGAGAUUGCAAGCACGUUCAACAACCCGGACACGGUGUUCAUCCUUGCUUUUGCGAUCAUCAUGCUCCACACGGAUCUCCACAGUCCAAAUGUAAAAAACGAGCGCAAGAUGAAACUUGAUGACUUUGUCAAGAACCUUAGGGGUAUAGAUGAUGGACAAGAUAUAGCUAAAGAACUCCUGCAUGGAGUCUAUGAACGAAUAAAGAAAGAAGAAUUCCAUCCAGCAACUGAUCAUGUGACCGCAGUACAGAGUGUAGAGCAAAGCAUUCUGGGUAAUAGACCUAUUCUUUCACAAGCUCACCGGAGGUUAGUAUGCUCUGUGAGCCUAUUAGAAAUCAACGAUCCCAGCAAACGGGAGAAAAAGCACUUUAGGGAAAUAUUUCUGUUUAACGAUAUGCUUGUGGUUACUAAGUUGUUGGCAAGGAAAAAGACAGGAACAUUGUACAACUUCAAGAAGUCUUUUCCACUCCAUGGAAUAACAGUGUUAAAAUAUGAAACACCUUUUUAUCCGUACGGAAUAAGACUCAUCAGCGUCGUUGAUAAUAAAGUACUUGCAACAUUCUGUGCGUUAAAUCACGAGGAUUGGUCCCGAUUUGUACGUGAUCUCCAGGAAUACGUGAUGGAAAUGAAUGAAAUGGAGGACAUACGAAUUGGAGCUGAACUGGAAAGACAAAAACUAAUCCGCAAAGCACAAGGCUAUACAGCGGACUCGGGCCUAGGCCUGGACUCCGAGAGCAUAACAAGCAACAACCUGAGUGGAAGCAUGGACUCUUUAGCGCCCCCAGAAAUUAUCAAAAGAACUGCCCUCUCAAAUUCCCUAAUGGACCUUAAAGAAGCAUCAGAUAAGCAGAACCAUAGAGUAAGUGCAAGUUCAUUGGAUGGAACCAUAUCAAUGAACCUGACUAUUCCAUUUUCCGGACCAGUUAUCAAACGAAACAAGCCGUCGUUGACAGGCUGGUUCAGCAAACGCAAGAGUGUUCCUCCGCAAUUAGAAUGUACUCCUCUCAGUGGAAAUCUAACACAAAUUUUGAAAUAAAGGUCACAGCGGUUCCUCACAAAGUGUCACACAAACAUAUACACCCAUUAGUAUAAUAGGGACAACAAAUAUGGAUUAAAAAUCAACCAAUCAAAUGAUGGCUUAUAUCAGUAUACAGUGUGUAGUUAACACUGUUGUAUGUUGAAUAAUCAUGUUCUUAGUUAUGAUUGGUUAAAAAUCUAAAUCUGAUUAUUUGUGGAAAUCGGUUGCAUCAGGGCUGUGCAAAGCUGGUUAAUAUCAGUAUGGCUGAGCAACCCAGAGUGCAUCCCUAAAGUGAGGUGGUAAAAUCAUUCUCAUUGGAUACUUUGUGGACAAAAGCUGUUGUGAUUGGACAGUUAAUGUUGAAAGCGUGUUAAGAGAGGACCUAACAGAGCCAUAGUAUACUUAUGAGGCCUACCAGUGCUGCAAUCCGUUAUUUUUAAAUUCCUUAAGUUAUGGCAACGUGCAAUCAAUUAUUUAAAGAAAAAAAUUAACUAAAAAGUUAAAAGCACAAAUUGAAUUUGAAAAAAAAAAUUGCUAUGAAAAAAGUAUGUACCUUACUGAUGAAUUCACUUCAUAAUUAUGAGAUUGAAAUUAUUCUUAUGAAUUUGUUCUUGUUAUGCUCUAAAGAGAAAGUUGGCCUAGGAAUUUUUCGUGAGACAGUAUUUCUAAAACACUGUAAAUUAUACUGUAGGACUUGUCAAACAUAGACUCCAAAGGGAUGCCUUAAAAAUGACCAGUUACAAAGCCAUUUUCUUUGGUUGGAUCAGAAUUAAUAAAGUUGUUUUUAGGAUUGUUUUCCAGUUAAAAAUCAUAGGUGAAAAAUUCUCACAACUACAUCUGUCUUUUAAUGUUUUAGAUUUAUAUCAUGCAACUCAGUUUCAUAAUUGUGGACUCAUUAGUUCAUUUUAAUAUCCAGAACCCAUUGUCAAUUUAGUUUGUGUUGGUGAAUCAUUUGUAAUAUUUUUAUAUCCCUUGGUAUCCGUGUGUAAAGGCUAUUGCUAUACAUGUAUAAUUUUCCGGUGAGAGGACGAUUAAUGUUGCAUUUCCAAACCCUUUGUAUAAGUCAGUUACUUAACCUUGUCUGUUAUAGUUUAUAUACCAAAAUGCAUUUUGAUGUUUGUAAAUGGUUGGAUUUCUAAUACUGCUAUAUUAGCAGGGUUUAUGAUAUGGUUAUUUAGACACCGUGCUUACAUUUAAACCUACCAGUAAAAAUAUUUCUUAGAGCAACUUUUCUACUUUGAUAUACCCCCUCUAUGUAUAGUUGGUAUUCCUUCGUGUUUAAUCGUAUUGGGCGAGACUUUCUACUUUUAGUCAACACAACCAUGGAAAAGUCUUCCGAUUGGGUGAAAUUGGGAAAGGAGAUUUGAAGUAUGCAAAUUUGGUUCCAUUGUUGUCAUGACUUACAUGGAUAAUUUCUGCGUUAAAUAUUUUGUUUAAUUUAUAUUAUUUUGUGAUAGAUUUGUAAUUGCUUUAUCAGCAUUAUUAUGAUUAUUAUUAUUAUUAAUUAGGAUUUAUUUUUAUCUUAUGAUGUAUAUUAUCAAUAUAUUUUAUUUAUAAUAAAACACAUUUAUCCAUUAAGAUAUUAAUAAUGCUGGUAAUAAAACAUGAAAGCCAUUUUCCAAACAGCAGUGUCAUCAUAUUUACCGUAAAACAUAAAUCCAUCCAUGAAAUCGUCACCAUAACAAUAUACCGCCAUCAACACUCAGAUAUUAAUCAUUUUUAGUAUUUCAUAUUUUUUUCUUGGGUAUAAAACCCUUUAGGAGAUGUUAUAGUGAGUUAAAUAGAGGUUUAUUUGCAAUAUUAUGUAAGAAAAUGAGUAUGAUUAUAUGUAUGAGAAGAGGAGACAGUUACAUAGAUACUUAAAUGUUUUUGAGGUUGAUGUGCUCUAUAAAGAGUUUUAAGAAAACACUAGUUCGAGUAUAUCUCCAAAGGUAUAAACCCUUGUUACGUUGUAGAAAAGAAAUUAUAAAUAAGAAAAAUAAUGUAUGUUUAAAGAGUUUUUUUUAAUUUUAAUUGUCAACAUCAAAAUCAUUGAAAACAAAGUAGCAAUGGCUACAACUUGCUUUCCUAAUGUGAAUAAAAAUGCUUGCCCAAGAUGAAUAUAAA